CACCUGACAAUCCUCAUAUACAUGACGCCGUAGGGAGUCAUAGACGACGGACUGCAUCACAAUUCGGACAAAUCCCAGAAAGAGGCAAGAUGGGCCACCUUAUCACCGUUGCGACAUGUAGUUUGAACCAGUGGGCUCUCGACUUUCAGGGCAACCUGCAAAGAAUUAUCGAAAGCAUCAAGAAGGCGAAGCUGGCUGGGAGCAAGCUCAGAGUGGGCCCGGAGUUGGAAAUCUGCGGAUAUGGGUGCUUAGAUCACUUCCUCGAGGAUGACACGAUAUUGCAUUCAUGGGAAUGCCUGUCGGAGAUCAUUGAGCACCCUGACUGCCAAAAUAUUCUCUUGGAUGUUGGUAUGCCGGUGAAGCACAAGUCUGUUAGAUACAAUUGCCGGAUUAUCAUUUACAAUAAGAAAAUUCUGCUCAUUCGGCCGAAGUUGUCGUUGGCUAAUGAUGGAAACUACUAUGAGAUGAGAUACUUUACGCCGUGGAAGGGGGUUCGAGUCGUGGAGGACCAUUACUUGCCUCGCUCUAUCACCAAGAUAAUGGGCCAGAAGACGGCGCCAAUCGGGGACGCUCUUAUUUCUACUUUAGAUUCUGCUCUAGGAUGCGAGACAUGUGAAGAGCUGUUUACGCCCCAAGCGCCUCAUAUUGCCAUGGGAUUAGAUGGAUGCGAAAUCUAUACCAACUCCUCCGGAAGCCAUCACGAAUUACGCAAGCUUCACACGAGGGUUGAGCUAAUCGUCUCAGCAACUUUGAAAAGUGGUGGCAUAUAUCUGUAUGCCAACCAACAAGGAUGUGACGGAGACAGGUUGUACUAUGAUGGCUGCGCCCUUAUUGUUGUCAAUGGGAAGGUCCUUGCUCAAGGCAGCCAAUUCUCCCUGAACGACGUGGAAGUUAUCACUGCUACUAUUGACUUGGAGGAGGUUAGAUCGUACCGCGAACAUAAAAGCCGAGCCAUGCAAACUCGAGACCAACCAAAGUAUGAACGUAUCGAAGUGGAGAUGUCCCUGUCUAGUGAAGUCGAUGAGAUUGACCUUUUGCUGCACCCAUCACCUGCUCGAGCCGUUGUGUACAAUACUCCCGAAGAAGAAAUCGCAUAUGGCCCCGCGUGUUACCUGUUCGAUUAUCUCCGUAGAUCAAAACAAGCCGGGUUUUUUUUGCCGCUUAGUGGUGGAAUCGACUCCUGUGCGACUGCUGUUAUCGUCCAUUCUAUGACACGUUUGAUACUCAGAGCAAUUCAGCUGCAAGAGAACCCCCAGGUUCUUAUUGAUCUUCACCGCAUCUGUGGUGAAAGCGAAGGGAGCACCUGGGAACCCAAGAGUCCACAGGAAAUCGCCAAUCGGAUUUUUUGUACCGCCUAUAUGGGCAUGGAGAAGAACAGUUCCCCAGAGACUCGCAAGAGAGCUGCAGAUCUGGCAGCAAUUAUCGGUGCGAAUCACUUGGACUUCGACAUUGAUCCCGUGUUUGACGCACAAGUUAAGCUUCUCACCUCGACCACUGGAUUUGAGCCAAAGUUUAAGAUGUAUGGCGGCACAAAAGUGUCAAAUCUUGCCUUGCAAAAUAUACAGGCUCGCCUGAGAAUGGUCAACGCAUACACUCUGGCUCAACUUCUUCCCCAGAUCAACGGCCGCCGUGAAGGAGCUCCUGGAAGUUUGUUGGUGCUGGGAAGCGCUAACGUGGACGAACAAAUUCGUGGGUAUUAUACGAAAUACGAUUGCUCAUCAGCAGACAUCAAUCCCAUCGGCGGCAUAUCCAAAACGGAUCUGAAAAGCUUCAUUCAUUGGGCUUCCCAGAAAGACAACUUUGGAAUUGGCCUCCUCCAGCAAUUCUUGGAUGCGCCGCCCACAGCUGAGCUUGAACCUUUGACCGAGGACUAUGUCCAGGAGGAUGAGGCAGAUAUGGGCAUGACUUACAAUGAAUUGAGCGUGUACGGCCGCAUGCGAAAGAUUGACAAACUCGGAGUCUAUGGCAUGUGGGAGAAGCUGCUUCACGUUUGGGGUGACAAGCUUUCCCCUCAGCAGAUAUACGAGAAAGUGCGGUUCUUUUCGUGGAAUUAUGCGAUCAACCGCCACAAGAUGACAACCGUGACACCAGCGUAUCAUAUGGAGGCCUAUGGAGUUGAUGAUAACCGGUUUGAUAUGAGACCGUUCUUGUACCCUUCCUUUGAGUGGGCUUACAGGAAGAUUGAGCGCAGUAUCAAGCAGAUGGGCGCAGCAGGUACGAGGGCUGCUGCGACUGAGGACAAGGACAAUUGAUACGGUAACAUAUAAGUUGUAGUCAUGUUCUUGGACAAUGGCGUGGAAGAGUUUAUUGUGAAUAUCUAAAGACAGACUUCCCCAGGAUAUAGCUUUAUAGACCAUUAAUGCUCAUCGGCGCCAUUAUGAAAAUAGACCAGC